ACCACACACACACCACACAAAAUGCUCCGAUUGUCCACCGCUGCUGCUCGUCUACCAUCAGCACUGACCCGCGGGUUCGCGUCGACGCGGUCGGUCCUCGCGCCGAACAAGGACCACCACAUCAUCACGUACCCAGCCGAGGCGUUCCCCAAGGGCUUCUAUGUCGCCGCGACCCACUGCGGGAUCAAGAAGAGCGGCGCGCUCGACCUCGGCAUCCUCGCGUCGUCAACUGAGCGUCCGACCGCCGCCGCGGCGUCCAUGACGCGUAACGUUUUCAAAGCCGCCCCGGUGACCGUCACCACCGAGCUGCUGUCAAAGGGCAAGGGCCGCGCCGCGGGCUUUGUCGUCAACUCGGGCUGUGCGAACGCCGUGACCGGCAAGCAGGGCCUCGAUAACGCCUGGGCGACAAGCAACACCCUCACCCAGCUGCUCCCGAAGCACGCCGACGCGCACGGCGCAGGCUCCCUCGUCAUGUCCACUGGCGUCAUCGGCCAGAACCUCCCCAUCAACAAGCUUACCGACGCGAUUCCCGGCCUUGUGAAGAAGCUCGACAGCGCGCCAGACGCGUGGAUGGACCUCGCGCGCGCGUUCAUGACGACCGACACGUUCCCCAAGCUCCGCGCACGCACGUUCACCCUCGGCGGCCGCGAAGUGCGCAUGGUCGGGAUCGACAAGGGCGCCGGCAUGAUCGCGCCCAAGAUGGGCCCGCCUCAGCCGCCCCACGCUACGCUUCUCGGCGUGAUUGCGACUGACGCCGCGAUUGAGCCUGCCGCGCUCCAGUCGGCGCUCAACUACGCCGUCGACAGAAGCUUCAACAGCAUCACCGUCGACGGCGACAUGAGCACAAACGACACGGUGCUGGUGCUCGCCAACGGCGCGGCCGUGCCCGACCUGCCCGAGAUCAGCGAGGCCAACACGACCGAGUUUGACACGUUCAAGGAGGAGCUGGCGAGCUUUGCCGCCGAGCUCGCGCAGCUGGUCGUCCGCGACGGCGAGGGCGCGACCAAGUUUGUCGAGGUCAAGGUGACCAACGCGCCGAGCUUUGACAUUGCCAACAAGGUGGCCAAGAGCGUGGCCAACUCGGCGCUUUUCAAGACGGCCAUGUACGGCCAGGACGCCAACUGGGGCAGAAUCCUGUGUGCCGUCGGCUACACCGACAUCCCAGAGGGCACCGUCGACCCGACCAAGGUCUCGGUGCAGUUCAUCCCCGCCGGCAAGUUGAAGGGCGAGGCGCCUCUCCGCCUGUUGAAGAACGGCGAGCCCGAGCCCGAGAUUGACGAGGCGCGCGCGUCCGUCAUCCUCGCCGAGGAGGACCUCGAGGUGCUCAUCGACCUCGGCGCCGGGUCGGCAGAGUCUAAGGUCUGGACGUGCGACUUCUCGCACGAAUACGUGACCAUUAACGGUGAUUACCGUUCGUAAAACGCACAAUAGGGGUAGAGGGAGCAGUUACACAUAUGCAGCAUUGACAUUGG